AUGAGCACUAAAGGGAGGGUAAUCACCCCGUAUAGAGACAAUCUAGAGCUCAUUCGACUACGAGAGUGCUUCUAUGGUGCUACAAGCGUCUCAGUAAAGCGACUGGCACUCAACUUGGUGAAGGUCUUGCAAACUCGAGGAAAGCUACCUCACGCGAUAGAUGCUACAGCAGCACUAGUGAACUUGGAGUUGAUGGGGGAAAUGGAUCAUGAGCCCCUUCGCCACGCAUACUGCUCGACCAUGACAAGACUAGUAAACGGACUUUUGGACCCGUUUCAGCAGGCGUCAGUGGCUUUGCCCUUGCUGAGAUUGGCGAAAGAGAUUGGGCUACUGUACUCGUUUGUGGAGAUACGACACAUGGCCACUCACGAGGGGCUUCCAUCUUUGGAUAGGUUGAGACAAAUUGCGUUGGAAGCAAAGUCGUGGCUUUACGAGAAUUAUUGGGCGAUGAUUGAACAGAAUCAAGCAGUGUGCGAGAGAGGCGAUUACCACAGCCCGGCAAGCACUCUGAUUGAGAAUAUCUCCACUGACUUGAAAACAUACAAGCGAUUGAGGAAGCAGGAUGUCGAUGUGACGCCUCUGCAGUGCGAAGAUAGAGAAAUACUGAGUAAGUAUCAAACAAUCUUCAAAUCACUCAGGUUGGGGCUACGUAUUCCAGAGUUUCAGAGCAAGCUUGCGAAAGAAUUGAUUUUCAACUUUCUCAUAUACACUGAUAUAAGAGGCAGGGAAGAGUCAAGAAGAGCAAAAUUCAAGACCCUUGUGAAAAUAUACGGGCCAUUAUUGCAAGAAUUGGGUGUUGACUUUCAGGCAAAGUUGCUUUGCUUCCUUAUUCAGUACAGCUCAGACUACUCGAGCUACAGAUUCUCUGAGCUGGAACAGCUGCAAGCCAUAUCCUGGGUGCGUUACUUAUUGCGGGAGAUUUUAGAGAAAAGUACGGAGAAGGAUCAGAUUAUGCUGGACAAUAUCAAGACCAGCAUAGACACUCACCUAAGUCUACUAGAGAACUCCUCAUUUCUAAUGAAAGAAAUAAGAGCUGCUUUGCAAGGAAUUGAUACAAGUGGUGUUGCUAGUACACUGUCACAGAAUAAGUUUGCAUUGCCCCCAACUCUAGACGAAAUCCUAAGCUCCAAUAAGAAACAAAGAUUGAGCGACCUGCCAACUCCACAGCCCGUACCAAUGUCAGCAAAUGUGCAGACGUUGCUGAAUGAAGGUUCGCUAGUGUUUCCCGAAUUCACCAACUGGAGACCCCAGCCGUUUGGUUACCGUGGUAGGACCAGAUAA